GCCCUCCUUCUUCGGGACAGCGCCCACCUAGUGGCCGACUACGGAAAGGGGAAGUCAUGCACAGGGAAACUGAAGGAGCCGUCGGAGAAGACAAAGGACAGGAGGCAGCUGGAGCAGGAUGAGCACAGCACUGUGGAUGUGAGGGGGGCCAAGGGUGCCAAACGAGCUGAGAAAAUGUACGACAACGACGAGCCCUCCUCCAGCAGCCACCGAAGGCACGCUAGCCACAGUGGCGCCCUGACCUCUGGCAAAGUCAAGAUGAUCAUGGCUGGGCUGUGCGGAGUCCUCCUGGUGCUGCUGGGUAAGAGCUGGGAAGGGCUGGGAUUCCCCUGCGGCAAGGAGACCCUCGAUCCAUCCCGAAGCACAUGA